UCUCAUUGAAUUUUUGAGGCAGAGGAAUGUUCCUGAAGAAACACUAGAGUUACUUGAAUGUGAAAAGAUUGAUGUUAGUGUCAUCGAACUAAUGACUGAUGAACAGCUAAAGAAAUACUUUCCAUCUUAUGGUGAUCGUCUUGCCGUACUGGCAUUUUGCAGAAGAAAAACUAAUGAACCCAGCAACAGGAAAUCUAAACUUUUUGAGCGACUGAAAUCUAAGAUAUCACAAAAACGAAAAUGUGAUGAUGAUCCCGUAACUAGUCAACUAACGACAACAAAGAAUGCUCAAAAAUGUAUGAGAAAGAUAGAAAUUGGAUGGAUGAAUUAUGAUGAAGGUGAAGAAACCUUCAAACAAGUGAGAACAAGAAAGGGUGGUGGCACUCGGAAAGUACAUGUAUCAAAAGAUUCCCAAAAAUCUGAUUUAAUUCAGGAAGCAAUUCAGCUGUUUUUUGGAGAUGGAAAAAACACAUUGGGAGACAUUACUGAUUUUGAGGUUGAUUUAAAGAAUUACAAAGAUUUGUCUGUGGAUGAAAACACUACAGUUGGAAGACUCUAUGCAGAAACCAAACUGCCAAUUCUGAGAUUCUACCUCACAACAAAGAAAAAAAAACAUUCCGUUUCAGCUGUGGAGGAAGAUUUGGCUGUGACUGGGCAGGAAUUGGAUAUCUCUUCACCAACAGAGGAAGGUACAGGUGACCCAGAUGUGGUUUAUAUUGGGAGCAACGCAGAAUCAGAGGUGUCUUUCCUUUAUUCCACAGAGAUAACUUCUUCUAACCUAAUGGGAAACAUUUUAGAAGACAGCAACAUUGUCACUCUGUUUACUGAAGACAUUAUAAACUUUGGGGAUCAAAGUUUGGAUGAUACGUUACCUCUGUCACCUGUUAACAACACACAUCCUGAAAAAACAAAGAGGAUUUUAGUAGUCCACCGUGGCCAUGUACUCCCAGAGCUCAUUGCUCAUUUUUCUGAUGAAAGUGUGUUAGAAAAGGACAUAAAAAUUCAACAUAUUGCACCGGAUGGGAAACUUGAGAGGGGCCAUGAUGAAGGAGGGGUUGUAAGAGAUUGCCUUGCAGAGUUUUGGAAUGAGUUUUAUGACCAAUGCACUUUGGGCAGUUCUUUCAAGGUGCCAUUCCUUCGCCACGAUUUUGGACAACAGCACUGGGAAAGUGUAGGUCGUAUCAUUGUCUUUGGAUGGCAAAAGGAAAAAUACCUUCCUGUGAAAAUUGCUCCAGUAAUCAUGGAGCAGGUCGCUUCUGGAUGUGUAAAAAGCAAUAUCAUUGAAAAUUUCCUGAAAUAUGUAUCUGAGCCAGAACGAAUAGUGUUUCAAGCAUGGCAGUCAGACUUUAACAGUGUUGAUAAAGAGGAAUUACUCGAAGUCUUGGAUGUCCACAGCUGUAGGAAAAUGCCUACAGAGAAUAACGCAGAAGAAGUCUUACAUGAACUUGCUCACAAAAAACUAAUCCAAGAGCCUGCUUAUGUCAUUGAACAGUGGGCAAACAUAUUUGCAAAUGCUGUCAUCCGUAUUGAAGACAUUUCAAGCAGGUAUGAAAACUUGCAGCCCACAGUGAGGAAAGUUGUAAGGUCUGUUUCUUUUCCAGAAAACAUGAAUGCCCAGCAGAAGGAGAUUCAGAGGUACUUAACCAAUUAUCUUAGGGAGUCCAGCACACAGGGUCUGUGCAGGUUUCUUAGAUUCUGCACUGGUUCAGAUCUUUUGGUGGGAAAAAACAUCACCGUUAACUUCACAGAAGUUCAAGGAUUCCAAAGAAGACCCAUUUCACACACAUGUGGCUGUGUUUUGGAGCUGUCUGUUUGUUAUGAUAGCUAUCCAGACUUCAGAUCUGAGAUGAACAAAAUCAUGGAAUCAAAUGUGUGGGUGAUGGACAUAAUAUAACGUAAAAAAUGUUUCUGAAUGUAUGGGAAGUGUACUACAGAUGCAAAUGCAUCAACACAGACAUCUUUUUAUUUAUGUCAUAGUGUCUGUAUAUGUACCUCUUUAGAUGUAUCACUUUACUGUUCGGAUACAUUUUGGAUGCACUACUCUAGCGUUUGGAUACAUUACUUUAGCUAGUGUUUGGAUACAUUACUCUAUCCAGUGUUGUCUCUUUCUAGUGAUACAUUUUGAUCAUACUAUGCUACUAUAUGGGAACAUUUCGAUUCACUACUCUAUUGUUUGGCUACAUUUGGAAUCAAUCAUAAAGUAUUUUGAUACAUUUUGAUACAUUGUUAUGCAGAGUUCACAAUGUUUUAAACUGUUUUAUUAUAUUUUAUUAAAACAUUCAAUUUUUAUGUUGGAAAACUGUUUGCUACUGAGCCUAAUAUGCUGUUUAUGCUGCUGUAUUUAAAAGCUGCUUCCUAAAUUGCACAGUAUAAAAACCCCAGGUGAAAAAAUUGAAUUCCCAUAAUGUAACUAAAGUGCUCUAUUUUCGCAUAUUUUGUUCUAAAUAUACAAUACGUUAUCUUUUAGUACUUCUUAAGAUACUCUUAAGAACAUCUAAGUGUACUUAACUGUGCUAUAUUAAGACCGCAUAAAUAGGAACUAAAAUGUGCUUAUAACAUGCUAUCUCGGUAUUAAAAAUUAAUUUUGUUACCACUUGAAGUAUACUUCAACACACUUGGGUUCAAAUGUACUUCAAGUGGUAACUAAACACAUCUUUUUAUUCAGAGAUAGUAUGUUAAAAUCACAUCUUAUUUAUGCUGUCGAAAAUACAGUGAGCACAGUUGAGUAAAUUUAGAUGUUCUUAAGAUUAUUUUAAGAGCUAAUAUAAUUUUUAGUGUAUUAAGUACAAAAAUAAUACAUGAAAAUGGAGCACUUUAGGUACAUUAUGGAGGGGACUUUUUUUGCCUGGGAUUUUUUGCUAUUGAUUUCUUUAUUUUGUGUUUUAACAUAUAGGCCAAAUUGAAAUGUUCAUUUUUCAUGUCAUUGUAGUAAAGGUUACACUGUAUACAGCAUUAAAAUGUGACAGCAUUACAUUGCAAAGUUAUGUGUAGUUCUACAAGCGAUAUAUAGUAUUGAAAAUACUACAGAUCCAAUUCACAUUUCUGUCAUAGUGUUUGCAUAUGACUUUUUGGAUAUGUUACUGUCAUGUUUGGAUACAUUUGGAAUAUUGGACACAUAUUUGGACACGCUACUAGUGUUUGGAUACAUUUUGUAAUGCACAUGAUGUUUGAAAUGAAAGUGUUUAAAGAGUCAUUAAAACAUUCAAAGUUUAUGUUGAAUGGAUAGCAAUAUUUGCCAAGCAAGUCUUUACUAAUAUGCUGUCCAUACUGCAGUG